GUGAAGCAUGGCGGUGGAUAUGAGAUUACCCUCAUACAGAAAACAAAUACCACUUUCUGCUCAUUCCAAGGCAGAUAAACACCUGGUUGUUCCGGGGGAUGUGAUCACAUCUGAUACUGGUUUUAUGAGAGGCCAUGGCACGUAUAUGGAUGAUGAAAAGCUCACCGCUUCAGUGGCUGGUGAAGUGGAACGAGUAAAUAAACUGAUCUGUGUGCGGCCACUCAAGACGAGAUUUAAUGGUGAAGUUGGGGAUGUGGUAGUUGGUCGCAUCACUGAGGUUCAGCAGAAACGGUGGAAAGUGGAAACGAACUCUCGGCUGGACUCUGUAUUGCUUCUAUCAUCGGUUAACCUUCCUGGAGGAGAGUUGAGGAGGCGAUCAGCAGAGGAUGAGCUUGCCAUGAGAGACUAUCUUCAAGAAGGAGACCUCAUUAGUGCAGAGGUCCAGUCUGUGUUUUCAGACGGAGCCCUUUCACUCCAUACACGCAGCUUAAAAUAUGGCAAGCUCGGACAGGGUGUGUUGGUGCAAGUAUCACCAUCACUUGUGAAGAGACAGAAGUCCCAUUUUCACAAUUUGCCAUGCGGAGCUUCCGUAAUAUUGGGGAACAAUGGCUUCAUUUGGCUACAUGCCACACCGGGACAUCAAGAUGAAGAGGCGGGAGGGUACUAUACCAGCAUGGAGCCGGUUUCGCUCUCGGAUCGGGAGGUCAUUUCAAGACUGAGGAACUGUUUACUGGCCCUGGCAGCUCACAAAGUGUUACUCUAUGACACCAGUGUACUCUACUGUUAUGAAUCCUCGCUGCCUCACCAGAUCAAAGACAUCUUAAAACCAGAAAUCAUGGAUGACAUUGUGAUGGAGACGCGGCAGCGGCUUCUUGAGCAAGAGGGCUAAGAUGCCAGCCGAUAGAUAUUUACGAACCUGGAUUGUGUUGUGUUUCAACAGAAGGAUGCAACCCAAGUUGCCUUUUUUAUUUUUUGUUAUCAAAAAGACAAAAAAUGACAAUGUUGCGUCAAAGAUGUUUUGUACCUUAUGAUCCUCCUCCAGUGUUAAAUAUAAAUGCUUCUUGACAGAGCCACUUUCAAUAUAUUAAUAAACCGUAUAGCUCUUAAUUUCUCAUGAAUGCUUUUCUACUUCUAUCGAGAGGAUAAAGAGAAACAUAAUACAUAUUUGUGCAGUUUUACUAUAAUGUCAUUUCUGUUGUUUUUUAUGCAUUUGUACAUGUUCUGUAAACAAGAAUUCACACUGAUCAACCAUAACAUUAAAACCACCUCCUUGUUUCUACACUUACUGUCUAUUUUAUCUGCUCCACUUACCAUAUAGGAGGGCGGCAUGGUGGCUAAGUGGGUAGCACUGUCGCCUCACAGCAAGAAGGUCCUGGGUUCGAUCCCCAGACGGGGCGGUCCGGGUCCUUUAUGUGCGCAAGUGAGGUGAAUUGGAGACACUAAAUUGUCCAUGACUGUGUUUGAUAGAAACUUGUGAACUGAUGAAUCUUGUGUAAUGAGUAACUACCGUUCCUGUCAUGAAUGUAACCAAAGUGUAAAACAUGACGUUAAAAUCCUAAUAAACAAAUAAACAAACCA